UGAGAUGAGCUAGAUUAAAUGUAGCGUUGCAGAACGGGGACUCUGGACAGCAGAAUCAGCUCCGGACUGAGCACAAUCUGGAUUCAGAGAUUCUAACGUCAAGCCUGGGCUAUCGCGUAUUAUUCGUGUAGAUGAGAAACUAGAAAAUCUUCUGUCAGGGAAAGGCUUCAUGAAAUAGUCUCAUUGUUUUGGAUUAGAAAGAUGAUUUCCCCGUGGGACAGAUGGUAUACGACCAGCUGCUGCCUCUGCUGUCAUGUUCGGACGGGCACCAUUAUCUUGGGCAUUUGGUAUAUGCUCAUCAACGCAGUGGUUCUACUCAUCCUGUUAUCCGCCCUAAAUGACCCGGUCCAGUAUCACUACCAUCUCACCAGUACCGAGUUGGGAACAGACUUUGAUGUCAUGGACGAUGCAAAUAUGUGUAUUGCUGCUGCCAUUUCCUUGCUUAUGAUUCUUAUCUGUGGCAUGGCAACAUAUGGGGCUUAUAAGCAACAUGCUGCUUGGAUCAUUCCAUUUUUCUGCUACCAAGUCUUCGACUUUGCCCUUAACACCCUGGUAGCCAUCAGUGUUGUGGUCUAUCCCAACACAGUGCAAGACUACCUUCAGCAGCUGCCUGGAACCUUUCCAUACAAAGAGGACAUCAUGUCCACAAACAACCUGUGCCUAGUCUUUGCAGUGCUCCUCUUUGUUGGGUGCAUCCUGGCCUUUAAGGCCUACCUGAUUGCCUGCGUGUGGAACUGCUACAGAUACGUCAGUGGAAGGCUCUCCACAGAGGUGCUGGUGUACGUCACCACAAACGACACCGCAGUACUGCUACCGGCAUAUGAAGAGGCCAUUGCACUCCCACCGAAAGAACCACCUCCUCGAUACGUGUCAGCAUGAGAGCAGUUGAGAGCCAGCACAUGCCAGAGACACUUUUCUCAAUAAGCCCUUCCCCAAAUCCUCUCCCUCCCUGUCCUCUCCAAAGAAAGGACCUUUCCUGGCCUUCCCUGCACCCCUCCCCCCUCCCCCCACCCUUUCUCUCUCCGGAGGUGUGAGCAUGACCUUUGACAUGUCCAUUCUCUCUCCUGAGGCGUGAGCAUGACCUUUGACAUGUCCUUUCCUGUGCGGCGCUUCCCAGCUGUCCUGCUAUGACUAGAUAUGUGUCGGCUCGUAUUCCAUUAGCGCUGUCAGUGAUUAUACGUGCACCCCUCAACGCGCCUCCAAAACUCAACUCCCUCCAUCCUAGCCUGUCCUGACCCCAUCCACUCUUUUCUUAUACUGUGAAUUUCUCCAGAACUGUCAUCUGCUGAGAUAUCUCAUUUUUUUGUAAAGCAAUGAGAGUGACAUGUUUGAGAGGUUACGCAAAAGCACUUUUCAAAUGACCAUUUCUUUGGUGAACUGCCCCAAAUGUAAGGACGAGGGGUUUCUCUGUUGUACUAUGUUUUUAUUUACAAACUGUGUCCUAAGAAAGAGGAAAUACCAUGAUUUCCAAAGUCUAUGAACUGUUCGAUUCAGUUGAAUUUAUUUAUAUAGUGGUAAUAACGAUCGAAAUGGUCUCAAUGCGCUUUGCAGAGCCCUCUACUAAACAAGCACUAAGGUGACAGUGGCAAGGAAAAACUCCCUUUCAACAGGAAGAAACUUUGAGCAGAACGCAGCUCAUAAUGUUAACAUUCAGUAGCACUUAUUAAAAUGACCCUUCAAAAAUCUGCAAUAAAUGUCUUCCUGAGAUAACACAUGUAACACUGUGUUAUCAUAACCCAAAUGUUUCGUAACACAAAUGUUCUACCUAUGAAUCAAGUUCAGUUGAAUUGUGGGUUCGGUACUCACUCUGUGAGGUGAGCUGGCUUUGGAUGUGUUAACUUAAUAUUGUAACAUGCAAUAUUUGCAGAUGGAUGCAAUAGAAAUGGUUUGGCUUCAUAAUGGUGAAGAGGGAAAAGGUCAAAUUAACAGAAAAUGUUUUUCUGUGUUCCUAUGCUGGCAGCUGACCUGUAAGGUUUUGCACAUAAUAUCAGUCUUGAUUUUGUCUUGUCUGUUGUAGACACUGUUUGAGAUGGUUGUGAAUGACUAACGAAUGAUAUGGAAGCAAUGAUAUGGUCAGUUUCUGGUCCAACACGUAUUUCCUGUUCCUGACCAUGACAGGGAAAAUAUGACGUGGUUUCCGAUCCAAUCUUUGUUAGCUUCAUAUAGCGUUAGCUUGUAAUCCUGUUUUCAUUUUUAUAAAGCUUUGAAAGGUCAUGUCCUGUAUUUUCUAUAAUGUCAUCUUUGGAAAAGAUACAGAUGUGGAUAUACCAUGAAAAACAGUGCAAUUAGUGAACAGUUAAUAUAGUUAAUAAUAUCAUAGAUGUUCAGCUUCUCUUUCAUCAUUUCACUGUUAUUGCAGCUUUUGCUAAUUAAACUUUUGUCUAAUCUAAUCUUUGUCUUGUCUAAGAUGAGGUGUGCAAAGACGCUGAGCAUUUCUAACAGACAAAUGAUAUGUGAUAAUUGUCACUGAUGUCUCAUUUCCCUCCGUGUUCAUGUGGAUCCAGUGUGUGUAUCUUAGGCUGUGUACAGUGGGCCACCAUUUAAAUGAACUAAAUCAUGCUUCUGACGCAGUUCAGAACCAGUGGAUUAAGAUCUGUUCUAGGGCUGUACCGUCCUGUCACACAUGUUGUCCUUGGGUCUGCACUAGACUGUCACAUCUCUUGAUAAUAAAAUGUCUCCUUCAGUACGUCAGCAGAA